AUCAACGCACACUUCCAAUCUCAGAAACAAACUCUUAGUUCUCAUAGCAUCUGACAAAAUGGCGUCUCCUGAAGGACCCGUAACGCAAUCCGUCACAACUCUCCUCAAGCCCGGCCUUAGGCUUGGCGAUGACAACGAGAGUCCAGAGAACCAAGAAUUCAUACGCCUCAACAAAUUGCUCAAAGCUCAACCGGGAUGCCUUUCUCAAUACUGGGGCCAUCAAGUUGAGAACCCGAAUAUCUUCAUGUGGUUAAUCGAUUGGGAAUCUAAGCCGAUCUACAAUACUUUCCGCGAAAGUCCCGCUCAUGAUGACAUUGCUGGUGGUGUGGGAAAGCUAAUGCAAUUUGAUCUUGAUUCUGCACCGGUAUUCGUUACAUUUACCAAAUGGGACAAAGACGCAAAAGCCGCUCUCAAGGCGCCAGUAACAGAGUUCGCGUACUUUAAGCUCCCAGAUGGAGCGGGGGAGAAAGAGGAAAAUGAGUGUCGCGAGUUGUUGAGUACGAUUCCGGAUUAUGUUACGACGGUUGGGAAGGCGUUGGGGAGUGCGACUGGCUGGGUUUUCCUCGUCGAGCCAGAGAGUGCCAAGGCUCCCUGGCUACAUGGCGUUUACGGAUGGCAGGAUAUAGAAGCUCAUAUGAGGUGGAGGGAGAUGCCAGAGAUCCAGGCGCCGGUGAAAGUCUUUAUGGAGGCGGGAAAGAAGGGAUUGGCGUUGGUUCCUGCGGUGGAAGUACCAGGAAUCAAUAAGGAGACGGGAUGGUUUCAUGUGCGUUUUCAUCAUGAUGAUUGAUGGAGAUGAUGAGAAAGGAGAGGCAAGGAGGAGAAGUCUUGGAGCAUUAUGCUCCAUGAAAGUGAAAGUGAAAUUUAUGCAACACUGAUUGGCAGGCACCGGGGGCAAUGAACAUCACAGUAGGCUUCAAGAUCUCUUGGUUUCAUCAAGUCUCUCACGUGCUAAGCCUUC